CAAAUAACGUUCCGCGUUCUGUCAUAACAAUAAAAUUGUAAAAAUGUAAAGUGAGUGUUGUUUUUUUUUAAUAAAAAUUAUGGGAACCGAUAUUGAUAAAGAAAAUAGCGUUUUUAAAUUACUAACCAAUCUUUGCGAGAAAUUUCACACAAGUCCAGAGGAUAUAAAAUCAUCAAGAUCAAAAUGUUACGAAAUUCUACUGGGAAAGCGGAAUGUGAAAUUCAAAAAAGAAUUUACGGAUUUAGAAGGUACGUCUGAUCCAUACUGUAAUCUGUUAGCAUGGCAAUUCAAACUUGUACAUAAUUAUAACAUGAAAAAUCAUGUAGAUGAAUUAAAAGAUGCAGUAAGUAAUGUUCAAACAUGCCUCGAUGGCGAUAGGGACUUAUUUAACAGUGUUUUAAAGUUUUUAAUGGAUCUGAGACAAAUUCCAAAAACAAAUACUAAUAAAUUAGAUAUAUCCUCUUUACCGCCUUUAGAAGAAUACGAAAAUUUCAACAAGCUCUUCCAAUUACCCGAUCAUUUUAAAAACAUUCACGAAUUAGGAACAAUCGCCUCAUCUAGAACGCUCCUUCCAGAGUAUUCUGAUCCUCUAAAAGAUAAACUCGGUGAUAUAUUUAAAGAUAAAGGUUAUGAAUCAGAAUCUCCUACAAAACCGAAAGAAAACAUUUGGCAGUUGGUUUCUACUUUGAAAUACAGUAAUCGAAGAACUUGGGAAAGUUAUGGGUAUCCGGAACCCGAAAAAGAGCCCCCGUUUUUGUCCGAAUUAGGACCUCUCUCUUCAUUAUGGGUUGAAAAUUUGGAAUCUUUGUAUAUGUACAAGUUAUUCAAAGAUGGGGCUGUGUUUAAAUCAAGAUUGGUGUCUAGGAAGGAUUUUAUCAAGGAUUUGAAAUACUUAUUAGUGGGUAUGGCCUCUGAAUCUUUUGCGUUCGAUGAAAAUGGUGCAUUUUAUCUAGUACCGGGUAUAAGUAUUGAAGCUAUCACUCCAGAUUCUUUACUAAGGUACUCCAAAGAAAUUAUGUUUACUGGCACUUGCUGCAAAGCCCUAAAUAAGCUGAGUACGCCAAAUUUGGAAACAGGAAGAUAUAGAUAUGAAGGUUACGUUUAUACAGAAUUUUGUGCAAGCGUUAACCGCUAUUUGAAAUUCUACCAAACUGCCGUAUUUUCUAUACCGAAUGAUAUAAAUUUUUUACAAUUUCUCGAGAAAACUUACGAUUUGAGAAUACAAGUGAAUACAUUAUCAUCGGUAUGCAAAGUUGGACCUUAUAUGGUGCCAGAAAUGAUGGAGAACGGCGUAGCUCUACUAAAUUAUUUGUAUCAUAAAGUACUUAGUGUAACAGAUCAGAAAGUUAUUUAUGUACUGUAUUCUAUAUUGUAUCCAUGUUGCCAAGUUUAUUUUAGCCGGUUUCUCAAACAAUGGAUGUUGGAAGGAUCUCUAAAUGAUCCGUACGAUGAAUUUUUUAUAAAAACCAACUCGAAAUAUAUAACGUCCAGGGGUCGAACGUAUUGGACUAGAAGUUUCAGCUUUAGAGAGGACUUUGUACCAGAUUUUCUUGUAGAUUUAAAAUCCGAUAUACUUGCGUGCGGAAAGGCGAUGAGUUUGUUGAAAUGUUGCACCAGAUCGAGUAAACUGCGAUUGUACUUGAUGGGUAAAAAACCGCCAAUAAUAUCUUGUUGCGUAACUUCAGAGCAACUAUCAGCAUUGAGACAGAACACUACGAGUUAUUACCUGGACGUAUACGAAGAGUGCGGUCCCAGAUUCAGCAUGCAAGAAAUUAUAUCGAAAAAUCAACAAAUCGAUCCUUUGGUUUUAGCACUGAUGGCAAAAAAACGAACCGCGACUCUAAAAAGAAUCGAACUGGAACGUGAGAAAAUAAUUCUUAAACGUAACGAGAAGAAAUUGGAAGAGAUAACAAUGUUGAAGGAACAGUAUGAAGUGGCGUUGGCUUUAAAACAACACUCACUAGCUAGGGAAAUUGAAAUAGAAAUGAACCAUAUCGGAUAUAAUCUCGAAAUCGAGUUGAAACGGCAAAAGCUGCUAAAAGAUGAGGCAGAAAAAAUGACGAUUUACUACACGAAACUGUUUGAAAUGGCUGACAAAAGGAAAGCGAAAAUUGACAACCAUAUAAAACUGAUGAAAAGCAUCUACAUGGAGCAUACAAUUCACAGGGAAGAACUGCAGCAUGCUCCCAAAGAAAAACAGCUGCUUCCAAAAGAAGAAACUGCCAAAGAAAAAGAAGAUCCAAUAGAAAUAAAAACCGAUAAUGGAGGUGAUUACUAUUCAACAUCAGAUGAAGAUAAACAAUCGGAGUGUCAAAUAAUAGAAAAUCGCGUCGUUGAAGAAGAAGAGGAAGAAAUAAUAGACAGUUCUCUGGAUGUGAUUAACGCCAAUGUGGAACUGAAGGAUAAAAAUGCUAAUGUUGCAAAAUUAUCGGCGAAUAUUCAGAUGGCGAUCGAUAAUUUUGAAGCGGCCAAAAAGAACAGGCAACGUGUUAUGACUGAAGAAUUAGGUGUAGAUUAUCGCAGAACGACCUUAACUCCACCAGCGUACGUAACAAAUGCCGCCUACCUCACCGAAGCGCAAAAAAAUAAGUUGAAAGUAUUGAAUUCGGAGUUUUGUUUGCCGGUCAAACCGGAACUCAUAAAAAGUAAAAUCUUAACGUUGGCGGCCAUCAACAGGAACAAAAUCAUGGGGUUGAGCGAUUGCUUUGACUACAAAUUGGACAACGAGAAUUUCCUGAACAGAAACGUGAAGAAUUACGAUCACAAAGCACCCAGUACUGUAAAGAAGUCCAAGUCGAUGAAUCUUGAUUUACAAAAGGAAAGCUCGAAACAGUCAAAAUUCGACACGGAUCGCCCCGUACCGAUGUCGGUAGACUCCACCCCUUUGAGCGAAUUGCCUCAAUCUCCCCUAAUCACGCCCAGUUCGACGUUUCUCAGUUGCGAUACGUUCCGAGGCGGCGAAGACAGCAGCGCCCCCACCACCGCAGACACGCAUCUUACCGAACACGAUUUCGAUUUUAAUCGAGAACAAGAACGAUUAAUACCGAUUUACGCAGAUAGGAGCGAGGAUAAGUCGCAGAAAACAGUUUUUUCGAAACGCGUGACGGAAACCGAAGCGGCCGGAGUGUCUACGAACUCGUUGGGGUUGUUUUUACACGAAUGCGUCCAAAUACCGCUCGUCACGCAAACCAAAUUGAUCAACGAGGAGUUGUUGAGGUAUUUCGUCGAAGAUUUGGAGUACUUGAAACAUCUGUCGAGUUUGAGGGACUAUUUUUUCUUGCAAGACGGCGAGUUCGGUAGGCAUAUUACCGAUAAAUUGUUCACUAAGUUGUACGAGGCGAAUUUUCCGGCUCAGUUGAUCAAUUGUCGCAUCUUAAAGGAUUUGGUGUUCGGAGCUUUGGAUAUGUCAAAUAAGAAUCAGAGAUUGGCGUGUCAUUUGUCGUUCAGAAUCAAUAGUGUGCCAAAGUGUUUCGAUUUGGGAAAUCCCGAUGUUUUAGACUGUUUAUCGUUGACUUAUAAGAUAAAUUGGCCGUUAAAUAUAAUCCUUCCGAGCGAUGCCAUUGCUAAAUACGAUGAAGUUUUUAGAUUUUUGUUAAAAUUAAACAGAGUUUCUUGGGUACUGAAGAAAAUAUUUUUGGAAUUAAAAGUGUUGGCACGAGAAACGGGCAAAAAAGAAAUCUACUUGAUGGCGUCGCCCCAAUACAGAAAACUCCACCAAUGCAGGCACAUAAUGACGCAUUUCGUGCAAACGCUACAAAGCUACGUGGUGGGUGAAGUCUUGCAGUCCAAAUGGGCGGAGUUCGAGAAAAAUUUAGCGGCCGUUACCAGCUUGGAUGAACUUUACGAUGCGCAUACUGCUUAUAUUAAGAACAUACUUUUCAUGUGUCUAUUGACGCAAAAAAUGGCGGUGCUGAAGAACAUCAUCCACAAAACGUUUAUGGUUAUUUUGAAGUUUUACGACUAUUUGCGAUCGAGGAGUUGGACUUGUGAUGGAGGGUGUUACGUGCAUCCGAAUUUCAGCAAAUUGGAGAGCAUAUUUAAGAAUUUUCAGGAAUUCCAAUUAUACAUGUUUAAAGUUAUUAGAAAAGUUGCUAAAUCGGGUUAUCAGCCGCAUCUUAUCCAGUUAUUGGAAAUGUUGGAUAUCAAUCACUAUUUCAGCGAAUGUCUCAAAAAACACAAUGUGGUAAAAUAAUAGUUUGAUUCUUGCGUUUUUAAAAAUAAUCACUCUACACAAACACGUUUUGUUUGGCUUUGUUGUGUACAUAACCUCACUUUAUCGUCAUUAUAUAUCAGUUUACAAUGAUUUAUCGAAAAAUUUUUGUUCUUAUUAUAGAUAGGCUUAUUAAACAGUUGCGUUACGUUUAAAUUAUUUAUUAUUAGCGUAAGAAGUUUGUUAUAUAU